ACCCCAAAACAUCAAGUAAUGGCGCUUGAUUUCUCUCAUAUUUUCUAAUUUAUUAUUUUAUAUUACUAUAUCUGCAGGAACUGACACAAACCCAGAUGUGCAGCUGCUCUUCCAUGGCGUCCCUUCUCAUCCCACCACCCACUCUUCCUCUCCAACUCAAGGAGGAUGCGGUUAGAGUCAGCAUUGUGCUUACGAACCCAUCGUCUAAAAUUGACCGGACCGAUCUGAGAAGUUGCAGACGUCACGGACGGUGUUUUGACACGAAAGCUAAGGUGACCGUUGAAGAAGAUGUACUGGAGAAACAAUCAGUUGGUGCUCAGGACAAAAUUGAUUUUGGAGUUCUUAGCGUCCACCAUGUCGGAUUGUUGUGUGAAAACCUUGAAAGAUCUCUCAGCUUUUACCAGAACAUUUUAGGUCUUGAAAUAAAUGAGGCUAGGCCACAUGACAAGCUCCCCUUCAGAGGUGCCUGGUUAUGGGUUGGUUCAGAGAUGAUUCAUCUCAUGGAACUUCCAAAUCCCGACCCUUUACCCGGAAGACCCGCCCAUGGAGGUCGCGACCGCCAUGCUUGUAUUGCAAUCAAGGACGUGUCGAAGCUCAAAGCAAUCCUCGACGACGCUGGUAUUACCUACACGCUUAGCAAGUCCGGGAGGCCCGCGAUUUUUACACGAGACCCGGACGCAAAUGCUCUGGAGUUUACUCAAGUUUGAUAGCUGAGAGUUGCAGGCUUAACCUUUAUGUAUCGAUCCCGUCGUGGUUACAUUAUGUUUAGACACACUAAUUGAGAUUAGUAGAGUUUUGUACAUGUUAUACGUAAAACGAUCAUUGUUAUAUGGGCUGCUGGUGUAAAGAGCUUCAUUAUAUCAUAUUAUGAUAAAUUGUUAAUUUGGAUAAUCUCCGAA